AAGAGCCCACACCCUUAAUCCAAACGCGGCCUUAAUCGUAACAGAUUUGGCUACAUAUAAAAACCCCGCGAAUGUCUCGCGUAACAACACAGAACCAGAUAUCGCCGUUUUUCAGUUGCACCAUGGAGCUCGACGACUUCCCACGCGCCUCCCACGGCGCGUCCCCCUCUGUCGGCCAGCUGCUCAAGCACGUCGGAGACGUCCGCAAAGAAGCCACCGGCGACGGCGGUGAGACUCCUCUCCAUCACAACCACCGGAUUCUCGACAUGAGCGACGAGAGCCUCGAACCGAGGACUCUUCCGUUCGUUCUCUCCUUCACUAAUCUCACUUACAACGUCAAGAUUCGCCGAAAGUUCAGUCUUUCCGGCAUGUUCACCUCCCAGCGCGACCACCUCGGCGCCGCGACGCUUUCCGACCCCGUCGGAGGUGAGAGCCUGUUCACGAGGAACAAGACGCUGCUCAACGACAUCUCCGGAGUGGCGCGUGAAGGCGAGGUCCUAGCGGUGCUCGGCGCCAGCGGCUCCGGCAAGUCGACGCUCAUCGACGCCCUGGCCAACCGGAUCGCUAAAGGAAGCUUAAAAGGUAAAGUGAGCCUCAACGGCGAGGUCCUGGAGUCGAGGCUACUGAAAGUGAUCUCAGCUUACGUCAUGCAAGACGACCUGCUAUUUCCGAUGCUGACGGUGGAGGAGACGCUCAUGUUCGCCGCCGAGUUCCGCCUCCCACUGUCGCUCUCGAAAUCCAAGAAGAGAAUGCGCGUCCAGGCCUUGAUCGACCAGCUCGGCCUCCGCAACGCCGCCCAGACCAUCAUCGGCGACGAAGGCCACCGCGGAGUCUCCGGAGGGGAGCGCCGCCGCGUGUCGAUCGGAAUCGACAUCGUCCACGACCCGAUCAUCCUCUUCCUCGACGAGCCGACCUCCGGCCUCGACUCCACCUCCGCCUUCAUGGUCGUCAAAGUCCUCCAGCGGAUCGCUCAGUCCGGCAGCAUUGUGGUCAUGUCCGUACACCAGCCCAGCUAUAGAAUCUUGGGCCUCCUGGACCGCCUCAUCUUCCUCAGCCGCGGCCAGACCGUUUUCUCCGGCUCGCCAGCUCAGCUCCCUUCCUACUUCGCCGAGUUCGGGCGGCCCAUACCCGACUCCGAAAACAAAACCGAGUUCGCUCUGGACCUGAUCCGCGAACUCGAAGGCUCUCCCGGCGGUACCCAAUCCCUCGUCGACUUCAACACCUCCUGGCAAGCCAUGAAGCACAAAACUCACCACCACGACGAACGACACGUCGUUCCUCUCCAAGAAGCCAUCUCCGCCUCCAUCUCCCGCGGCAAGCUCGUCUCCGGCGCCGGCGCCACCAACACCGCCGUCCCCGGCCACGCCUCCUCCAUGGUCCCCACCUUCGCCAACCCGUUCUGGGUGGAGAUGGCAGUCCUGGCGAGACGCUCGAUGAAAAACGCGAGGAGAAUGCCGGAGCUGUUCGGAAUUAGACUCGGCGCCGUGAUGGUCACCGGGUUCAUCCUCGCGACGAUGUUCUGGAAUCUCGAUAAUACCCCUAAGGGAGUACAAGAGCGGCUGGGGUUCAUCGCCUUCGCCAUGUCCACCACCUUCUACACCUGCGCCGACGCCCUCCCCGUCUUCCUCCAAGAACGCUACAUCUUCAUGAGAGAAACCGCCUACAAUGCCUACCGGAGGUCCUCCUACGUCCUCUCACACUCUCUGGUAGCCUUGCCGUCGCUUAUUUUCCUCUCCGCCGGGUUCUCCGCCACCACAUUCUGGGCCGUGGGCCUCGACGGCGGCCUCUCCGGGUUCCUCUUCUACUUCCUCAUCAUCUUGGCCUCCUUCUGGGCCGGAAGCUCAUUUGUGACGUUCCUCUCGGGCGUUGUCCCCCACGUCAUGCUCGGCUACACUGUCGUCGUCGCAAUCUUGGCCUACUUUCUGCUCUUCAGUGGCUUCUUCAUCAACCGCGACAGAAUCCCGGCCUACUGGAUUUGGUUCCACUACAUGUCACUGGUCAAGUACCCUUACGAAGCAGUGAUGCAGAACGAGUUUCAGGACCCGACCAAGUGCUUUGUGAGGGGGGUUCAGAUUUUCGAUAAUACUCCGCUCGCGGCGGUGCCGGCGGCGCUCAAGGUGAAGCUUCUGGACAGCAUGAGUGAGACUCUUGGGAUGAGGAUUACGAGGACGACUUGCUUGACGACUGGGAGUGAUAUUUUGAAGAGCCAGGGGGUGACUGACUUGAGCAAGUGGAGUUGCUUGUGGAUCACGGUGGCGUGGGGGUUUCUGUUCAGGAUUCUCUUCUAUUUUUCGCUAUUGAUCGGCAGCAAGAACAAGAGGAGGUAGAAGAAGAAGAAGAAGAAGAUAGAUCAAUGCAUGCAUGGGAAGUGUAAAGCUUUAGCUCGACCUUAUUGUUCUCUCUCUCUCUCUCUCUCGAUCUGUGUUUUGUUUGGCGGGAGUUGGUUGGUGAUUUGUAUGUUUUCUUUACGAAUUUAGAAUAUGAUUUGUUCAGUAUUACUUUGGAGCUGUUUUGGUGG